AUGGAUACACCGCAUUUAUCUGAAGGCCGUGACUGGCUUAGCCGAAUGCCGAAUGAACUACUGCUGAUGGUUGGCAAUAAUCUUCGAAUUGUGGCGGAUAUAGGUUCACUAGCGAGGGUAAAUCGCCAUUUUCACCAAGUAUUCAACCACACUCUAUACAAUACUCAACUGAGAACUCGUCUCGACAAACGUGCUCUACCUUGCGCAGUUCGGAAGGGGUGCGAAGCUGGGGUUGUCAAGGCACUGAAUGCCGGUGCGAGGGAACUCGUCAACAGUUCCUUCCCAGAAAUGCGAUGGAAUCCGAGAUUUUCCACGGGUCUGGAUGAAAACCUACUGUACCAUGCUGUUUUUCAUGGGUAUCGUGGUAUUGUGAAGCUGCUGCUGGAUGCCGGUGCUGUACAUCCACACGUAUCAAGACGGCAAAGGAGACGCACGCCACCAGACACAUAUCACCAUCAAUAUCCCAAUCUUCGGAUUGAUCAGGAGCAUAUUCUCGAAACGGCAGUACAGAUGGGUCACUAUGCCAUAGCACAGGACCUUCUAAGUCAUGGGGGCUUUACUACGACGCGAUCGCUUAUUGCUUCUCUGCGAGCGGCGGCGAGCAAUGGACACAGUGGCAUAUUCUUUGAGCUUUUAUCACAUCUAGAAGACGAAACGAGUCCUGAGGUGCAGGAUUGGCUUGUGAACCGAGCCAUAAUCGAUAUUUGUCGACCUGAGUACGAAAUUGACAAGGAGAACAAGAAACUAGCCGAGGUAAUGUCGAUGGCGGAUUACGUCCUAAGGCGUAUUAAAGAAGAGCACUGGGAGAUGAACAUUCACAAUUCACUACACCAAGUUUGUCGUGGGCAUAUGGAUUCUGCUGAGCUGCUCGAAUUGUUUAUUUCUCAUGGGUUAGAUCCGAUGCUACGGGACGAUGAUUACCGCGAUCGACUACCCAUCGCUGCCGCAAUGCAGACCAGAAACACAACGAUUGUGAAGCAUCUCAUCGACCAGGGACACUUUAGCAACCAUCCAUUUGACCUUGAAUACCUUCUUGAAGAGGUUUGCUUCGGGGACCCCACCAAAGAAGACGAGUAUAUUGCGAUUGCUGAAUGGCUUUUUGCCCAAGGGGCAGCACUACAUGAACCUUCAAGAAUAGUCAAGGAUGCGGCAGGAAGAUUGUGCAGGUACGGAAAUGGUCGACUAUUUCAAUUACUUCUCGACAACGACCCCGAAUUCAAUAGGGUCGUCUUGGACAAGUCACCAAAUCUCUUGCGGUAUGCCUGCAAAGACGAAACGGACAGUCAUCUUGCCCUCACGAAGGUGGUCUUCAACAAGGAAGCUAAGCCUAACUCUGGGUCGCGUUUACACCCCAAGUUACCGCAACUACAUUUCGCAUGUACGCGCGGAAAACGUAACUCUAUCAAGGUCAUGGUGGAGUACACGGGUAAACCGACGGGGAAGGCUAGCGACGUAUUUCCAUUUAACACACUUGACAUCUCCUUGGCGAUUCGGGAUUCGAAAACGGUUCAGAUGUUGCUUGAAUAUGCGAAAGCUGAGAAGUCGCGCCGUGGACAGGAUGCUGGUGACGAACCAGCCGGCGGACUCCAAGCACUGUUGAGUCUUGAUUCAAACGACGUUAUCAUAAACCCUCACUAUUACUUCACCGAAGCAGCAGGUCAAGGUGAUGUCAAGACAAUGAGUGACUUCUUUGACAAGCGCAUCUUUCCACCCUUGGAAAAUGCCUGGAUCUACAGAUAUUUCGACCAUCCACUUAUGAAUGCCGUCGCAAAUAACCAUCCAGCGGCUGUGCAAAAAUGCCUUGACAUGGGCUAUGAUCCUCUUUCAGUGAGCAACUUUUACAAGACACAAGGCGAAGACGGCUUAAUCGUGGCGGCUUGCUACAGAGACAGCGUUAAGGUGCUUGAUGUCAUACUACGUAUGCCGCAGCGGGAACACGACAUCGUUGAAGGGCUCAAACUCGCCAUCGACAAGAAUAAUGUAGAGAUGGUGAAAAGGAUAUACAUGCAUUUGGUCAAGAGUAAUCCAGGUGAGGUUAUUCUACGGAAGAUCUUUAACUAUGCAAGGGGGCGUAAGAAUGCAAGAAUGAUGGAUGCUCUGGAUGAUAUGGGGGCACCGUAUGAUGGAGAGUUUUGGUGGUCGGAAAGACAUGAUAACCCGAAAUAUGUGUGUGAUUUUCCCAAAAGAAGAUGA